AUGGUCGAAUUUACACCCGUUAUCAUUCUUACCGGCGCUGGACGAGGAAUCGGAUUUGCAAUUCUACAGUACCUUCUCGGACUUCCAAACCCUCCAAAUAUUCUCGCCACCUCGCGGAAUAUCAAGUCGAUAGAACCCCUUGCGGCAGUCCAUAAAAACCUAGAAGUGGUCUCCGUCGAUUUCGGCGCCCCAUCGAGCGAAUUGAAGACCGUUAUCUCAGAAUCAGUAAUAAACACUGCGGUAACAAGAUGGGGACGGAUAGAUGCCCUUCUUCUGAACCACGGAAGCCUAGAGCCCGUAGCAAAGAUCGAUGUCGCAAGUCUUGAAGAUUGGGAAUGGAAUUACAGAGUAAACUUCCUAUCGAACGUGGAGCUCAUUAAGAGUGCGCUCCCUGAGCUUCGAAAAUCAAAUGGAAGGGUUGUACUUGUUAGUUCGGGAGCAUCUUCAAUUUACUUCACUGGCUGGGGCGCAUACGGAUCAACCAAAGCAGCACUAAACCACCUUAAUUCGACACUAGCGCUCGAAGAACCAACUAUUACAACAGUCUCAAUUGCGCCCGGUAUUGUGGACACCGAUAUGCAAACAUCGCUUCGUGGAGUUCAUGGGAAAGUUAUGUCCAGCGGAGAGAACACCUUCUUCAAUAGUCUGAAGGAGAAUAACAGCAUGGUCAAACCGGAGGACGUUGGUGCCGUUCUUGCGAAUCUUGCCUUGCAAGUCGAAAAAUCCCUUAGUGGGAAAUACUUAAACUGGGAUGAUGAAAUCCUAUCCAGUUACCGUGCCUAG